CACUACAAACUUUAAAAAAAACUGUUCUGUGUGACUGUUUUCAAGCAUUCACACAGACAAACUUUAAGUUACUUUGCCUUCGCUGCAUUUAACAUUGCACAGUACAAGUAGGUACAGUCAGACAGUAGCUUGCUAAAUGUGCUGUUCAAUCCACCUCGGGAGCCCUCGUGGAAAGGCGGCGUGCUGAAAAUGGAUUUGUCUUUUUUAAUGUGCGUUUGCGCUGCAAGAGUGUGAGCAGUGCUGAGUGACUUAGCAACAGCAUCACUCCUGCAAUACCACGUCCACUUCGCUCUCCUCCUCACAGCUCUUCUCAAACACAGGUCUGAAAAAGAAACCAGAUGACCUGAUAUUCAGAUGACCGAUGCUGUCUAAUUCUUCUGUCCUAGGCUUGUAUUCUUCUCUCAUCUUCCCAUAGCUGCAUGCACAGAGGAAUGAUGAAAAUUAGGAUCGCAUCUGCAGAGCAGUGCAGUACACCACGAAACAUUUCGAUCUGCCUUCACCUCUGUCAGCUUCAAACAGAAACGGCUUAAUGGAUAAGAUGACCAUGUAGAAUGUUACAAGCUGAGACAACCAGAAUGGGAAACUGUAUAUGGAGAGGAGCUGGACUGCAGCCUUGAAAGCAGGCACCCCUCUAGACUUUUAACAGGGCUUUUGGCACUACUGGAUUGUAUUUUUUUCUCCUAACCUGAGGAAUUCUUCAUAAUAUUUCAUUUAUAGUAAACGCAACUGGAUUUUCUGAAGUUAGCCCUUUUGAUUCAGAAGCUCUACUUUCUCACUGAUAACAUUUUAACCUUUAAAAAAAAAAUUAAGCUAGAGAGCUACAAGCAAUACAAGCAACCAUGGGGGACAUGACAAACAGCGUUUUUUAUGCAAAGAACCAAAGAAACGAGGCCAACCAUGCGGGGGAGUUUGGCUGCACGCUGGAAGAGCUGCGCUCCCUCAUGGAACUGCGAGGCUCGGAGGCUGUCAUCAAAAUCCGGGAGGACUAUGGGGAUACGGACGGGCUCUGCAGGCGUUUGAAAACAUCGCCAACAGACGGCUUGCCCAACAACGCAGCGGAUUUAGACAAAAGAAAAGAAGUCUACGGGCAAAACUUUAUACCUCCAAAGAAGCCAAAAACUUUCUUACAGUUAAUCUGGGAAGCACUGCAGGAUGUGACCCUUAUUAUCUUAGAACUCGCAGCCAUUAUAUCCUUGGGACUCUCUUUUUAUCAGCCUCCAGGAGAGGGGAUUGAAGCGUGCGGUAGUGCUUCAGCUGGAGUGGAGGAUGAGGGGGAAUCCGAAGCCGGCUGGAUCGAAGGCGCUGCUAUUUUACUAUCUGUAGCCUGUGUUGUAAUUGUUACUGCCUUUAAUGACUGGAGCAAGGAGAAGCAGUUUAGAGGCUUGCAAAGCCGCAUUGAACAGGAGCAGAAAUUCUCCGUGGUCCGGGCUGGCACAGUCAUUCAGAUUCUGGUCGCGGAUAUUGUCACCGGGGACAUUGCACAAGUAAAAUAUGGUGACCUACUUCCUGCAGAUGGGAUUUUGAUACAGGGAAAUGACCUGAAGAUUGAUGAAAGUUCAUUAACUGGAGAAUCAGACCAUGUGAGCAAAGCUCCAGACAAGGACCCCAUGCUUCUUUCUGGUACCCACGUGAUGGAGGGUUCAGGGAGAAUGGUGGUCACUGCAGUGGGGGUCAACUCUCAGACUGGCAUCAUCUUCACGCUGCUGGGGGCCGGUGGAGAGGAGGAGGAGAAGAAAGAGAAGAAAGGUGAGACAAUUGAGGAUGGAUGCCAGCUAUCAGACUCCUCACAUCCGUCCUCCCACCCCAUCUCAACUAUAGCUACAGAUGGUGCAGCAGGUGCAAGUGCCACUGGUAAUACCAGCUUGGUCAAUGGUAAAAUGCAGGAUGGGAAUGUGGAGAACAACCUGAAUAAAGCUAAGAAACAAGACGGUGCAGCCGCCAUGGAGAUGCAGCCUCUGAAGAGUGCCGAGGGAGGUGAUGGAGAUGAGAAGGAGAAGAAGAAGGCUAAUAUGCACAAGAAAGAAAAGUCUGUUCUUCAGGGCAAACUGACCAAGUUAGCUGUUCAGAUUGGCAAAGCAGGCUUAGUAAUGUCUGCUAUUACAGUCAUCAUUCUGGUACUGUACUUUGCUAUAGAGAAGUUUGUGAUUGAGAAGAAACCGUGGUUGCCAGAAUGCACCCCGGUCUACAUUCAGUAUUUUGUCAAGUUCUUCAUCAUUGGUGUCACCGUCCUGGUGGUUGCUGUCCCUGAAGGCCUCCCGCUGGCUGUCACCAUCUCCCUGGCCUACUCUGUUAAGAAAAUGAUGAAAGAUAACAACUUGGUCCGACACUUGGAUGCUUGUGAAACUAUGGGAAAUGCGACUGCAAUCUGUUCUGAUAAAACGGGUACCCUCACAACCAAUCGGAUGACAGUUGUGCAGGCCUAUGUUGGGGACACUCACUAUAAAGAGAUCCCAGACCCUGACGCCCUUCCAGCAAAAACACUGGAUCUCAUGAUUCACUCAAUCUCGAUCAACAGUGCAUAUACAACAAAAAUACUGCCCCCUGAUAAAGACGGGGGUCUUCCACGGCAGGUGGGGAACAAGACUGAAUGUGGUCUUCUUGGGUUUAUUUUGGACCUGAAACGAGAUUAUCAACCAAUUCGGAAUCAGAUCCCAGAGGAGAAGCUGUACAAGGUCUACACAUUCAACUCUGUGAGGAAGUCAAUGAGCACAGUGACAAAACUGCCCAAUGGGAGCUUCAGAAUGUACAGCAAAGGGGCCUCUGAGAUAAUCCUUAAGAAAUGCAGCUAUAUUCUGAAUGCAGUAGGAGAGCCUCGCGUCUUCAGGCCCCGGGACCGUGAUGAAAUGGUGAAGAAGGUGAUUGAGCCCAUGGCUUGUGAGGGUCUCAGAACCAUCUGCAUAGCUUACCGUGACUUCCCAGCCAGCCCAGAGCCUGACUGGGACAAUGAAAAUGACAUUGUAAAGGACCUAACCUGCAUCUGUGUGGUUGGCAUUGAAGAUCCAGUAAGGCCUGAGGUCCCAGAAGCCAUCAGAAAAUGCCAGCGGGCUGGAAUCACUGUUCGCAUGGUUACCGGUGACAAUAUCAACACUGCCCGUGCCAUUGCCAUUAAAUGUGGCAUCAUUCACCCAGGAGAAGACUUCUUGUGUAUAGACGGGAAAGAGUUCAACAGAAGGAUCCGGAAUGAGAAAGGAGAAGUCGAACAAGAACGAAUUGACAAGGUCUGGCCAAAACUACGUGUGCUUGCAAGAUCCUCGCCCACUGACAAGCACACCUUGGUAAAAGGAAUCAUUGAUAGCACACAGGUGGGGCAGAGGCAGGUAGUGGCAGUGACUGGCGAUGGGACCAAUGAUGGACCUGCUCUGAAGAAGGCAGAUGUUGGAUUUGCUAUGGGCAUCGCUGGCACUGAUGUAGCGAAGGAAGCCUCUGAUAUUAUUUUGACAGAUGACAAUUUCUCAAGCAUUGUGAAGGCGGUAAUGUGGGGGCGGAAUGUUUACGACAGCAUCUCCAAGUUCCUGCAGUUCCAGCUGACUGUGAACGUUGUGGCUGUGAUUGUUGCGUUCACAGGGGCUUGCAUAACCCAGGAUUCUCCACUUAAAGCUGUCCAGAUGUUGUGGGUCAAUCUCAUAAUGGACACUUUUGCCUCGUUGGCCUUGGCCACAGAGCCUCCGACAGAGUCUCUUUUGAUGAGGAGACCCUAUGGCAGAAACAAACCACUCAUAUCCCGCACGAUGAUGAAAAACAUCCUUGGCCAUGGCAUCUAUCAGCUUGUAAUUAUCUUCACCCUGCUGUUUGCUGGUGAACAGAUUUUUGACAUCGACAGUGGCAGGAAUGCUCCGCUCCACGCCCCCGCAUCCGAACACUACACCAUUAUCUUCAAUACGUUUGUUAUGAUGCAGCUCUUCAAUGAGAUCAAUGCUCGGAAAAUCCACGGUGAAAGAAACGUCUUCGAUGGCAUUUUCAGGAACCCUAUCUUCUGCUCUAUUGUUUUAGGCACACUUGGCAUUCAGAUUAUCAUCGUACAGUUUGGUGGAAAACCCUUCAGCUGCUCUCCACUUGAUGUUGACAAGUGGCUGUGGUGCCUAUUUAUUGGAUUGGGAGAACUCUUAUGGGGGCAGGUCAUAGCAACCAUUCCAAAAAAUAGUCUCAAGUUCCUAAAAGGAGCAGGGCAGCUCACACAUAAGGAUGAGAUGCCAGAAGAGGAAAUGAAUGAAGACACAGAAGAGAUCGACCACUCGGAGAGAGAGCUGCGACGUGGCCAGAUCUUGUGGUUCCGUGGGCUUAACAGGAUUCAGACUCAAAUCCGCGUCGUGAAGGCAUUCCGUAGCUCCCUCUAUGAAGGAUUGGAGAAACCUGAAUCAAAAUCCUCCAUUCACAACUUCAUGACUCAUCCAGAGUUUAGAAUAGAAGACUCCCAGCCCCACAUCCCCCUUAUAGAUGAUACAGACAUAGAAGAAGAUGCAGCUCUCAAGCAAAACUCCAGUCAACCAUCAUCACCCAACAAGAACAACAAUGCUAUUGACAGUGGAAUUAAUCUUACCACUGACACAAGUAAAUCAGCUAGUUCUUCAAGUCCAGGAAGUCCUCUACACAGCCUGGAGACCUCACUUUAGCUGAACACGUCUUUGCAAAAUAAAAUAAAAAAAACACAAAACAAAACCGAAUCAACUGCUGGCUGAAAACUGUUUUAAAUGAGCUACUCUUCCCUGUGAGGAAAAGUAAGACAUCACUAACAAAGUGAUUAGAACAAGUCAGAACCCCUAAUAUAUAUAUAUAUAAACAAUCGCGCUCCUGCAUGAAUGUACAUUUCCCACAUGAUUUUAUUUAAUUACAUUUUUUUCGGUGGGAACUGCAGCUGACUCCAUUUUAAGACAGCUUAUCCAAUUCACUGGUCUGUGACUUUUUUUUGAAGUGCUUGUGUGGCAUGGACUUAAUUGUAUAGAUUUAUUUAAGUAACAAGAAGAAAAAAAAAGUGUAUUAAAGUUGCAAAGCUCAACAUGCACAGUAGAUUUGCACCAAUUGGAAAGAGGAACCUAUAAAUAAUCUACAUUUAUUAAACAUAUAAUAUAUACAGAGUUUAUCUUCUUUGUUUGUUGGCAUGUUGCCUUGUUUCUGCUUAAAUGGCUCUUACUACUUUAACUUAUUUAUGUCCUAAAGAGAAUGUAAUUUGUUUACAGAAGCUGUAGAUACUUCCUAGUUUAUUUAUAGGGUACCAUCCAUUCUACUGGUGUGGUAUGAACAGAUCAAGUUGUUGAGUACCUCUGUAAUAUUGGACUUGGAUGUUUUAUUACAAACUGCGUACUGAAUUUGCCUGCUAUUUUUGUUAAAUAUGUAGAUAUUUUUAGAAGAAAGAAGCCAAAAUAUAAUGGGAUAUAUUAUUUAAUGUGGCAUCUUAAUAUUAUAUGAUUGUGGGGAACAAAACUGAAAGGCUUUCUUUGUUUCCAAAUACAAAUCUGGUAUAGGUUCUCUCUUUUAUUUAAUGUUCUUUUUCUUUUUUAUGGAAUGCUUGGACUUCAUGUUUGGUCAGUCUCGAUCCAGACAGGGUCACUCUGAACUAAUUUUAUUGAAAUAUCUGCUACGUAAGCAAUGCUUGUUCAACUGAGGUGUUUUAAAUUAAGUGUAACCAUCAAAGGCUGUGAUGGGUUUAUAAUAUAAGAAACUAUUUCAAACUAACUUUAUAUUUGGCUUUAUCUGUAUGGAAAUCAAAAGUUGUGUUGAAGUCUCGUGGAAUAUUGUGUUGAUUUUUCAUUUUAGCGGUUUAGAUUUCUUUGUUAUUCUUUUUUCUUUCUUUUUUUUUUUUAAAGGAAAAAUCACAGCUUUUGGGCUGUUGGCAUUUUGAACAAAGACACAAUGGAUUGUUGCUUUUUGACUUUUUAAAAAUUCAAAUUUUCUGCACUAUCCAGAUAUGAAUGAAACUUUCUGUGGUGUAAUAUUUACUGUAGAUGUGCUUUUGUGUGAUUUAACCAAGCUUGUCUUCCUGCAGUCACUGAAUAUACUCUAGCCUCUCAACCGUGUAGAUGUUAACUAUUUAUUGUGCUCUCUAAAAGAAAGGCCAUUUGAAAGACUAUCAUGGAGGAUAUACUAAUAAAUGCAUCAAGAUGUUAACAGCCCUGGUAUCUUAUUUUACAUUUUUUUAUUUAUGGGGCUUACUCGGAAGCAUGAAGCAAUCCUCAUAUAUACAGUAGGUCAAAUCCCACUUUCUACCUAGAUUUUAGUUAUGUGGCCUGUAUAAGAUUUUGUGUAAAUUUAAGCAGCUUAGAUGUUCGUGAGAGAUAUAAGUGAAGGACCAUUUAUUAUGUGCUUUUUUUUAAGGAGUGACCUUUUCUGCAACUCCUUAUUAUUAUUAUUAUUAUUAUUAUUAUUAUUAUGCUUUUUCAAAAUGUGUUUUAAUACAUUCAGUAGUUUCAAAUAACCUUUAAAACACAUUUGUAUGUUAACCAGAAACCUGUCUUUGAAAUAAAUGGUAUCAAGUUGCGCAGUAUGUUCUUUGUAAAUAGCAAUUUUCAUCUGAGAUGCAUAGAAAUUCAGGCUUUGGAGCGGAGACUGUGUUCUGUAUAUGUGAUGCAGCUUUUGUUUGGUCAAAUUAGCUAUUAUUCAAGUCACAGAUACAGGUCACGCAUUCUGCGCAAAGUGUUUAACUUUGUUGCUUUAAAGCUCUUUGCAGUUGGGUACAAAUUAUGAAAUAGGUGACCAAUUUAUUUUUAAAAAAUCCCUGCAUUGCAUAAAUGCUUCUGUGUACUGUACUUGGCAGCAUGAAUUUUGUGGAACAAAAAAACAAACAAACAAACAAAAAAAAAACCAAUCUAGCCAUGUUUGAGUAACUGAUAUGUGUUCAUCCAUCUGUUUUUAUGAAUUUUUUUAUCUAGACAAUAAUUGUAAAUAAAGAACUCAAUGUCUCUGUUCAUUUAAUACUAUGCAAACAGUCAUGCUUUCUGCUUGUUAUCCCCCCUGUCCCUAGAGUGUGUUUCUGGAAUGUUUGUGGUUUCAAAAGUCAGUAAAUUAUGUGAUGUAAAUUUUAUUUUAUAAUCUGAAGAAAAUAAUGAACUAUGACUCUUGCUGCUUGCUGUCUAUAAAUGAAUACCUGGCAGGAGCACAAGUGGAAGAAAAAAAAAAAGCUGAAAAUUAAAUAAAUUCCCAGAGCAGCA